CUGUAGAACAUGGAAAACGUUUUGAAGUUUUUGGACAACUAACCUCAAACUUCACUACAUGUAUGUGGGAAAAAGGCUAUGGAUUUCGGAAACUAAAGUAGUCAAUAGGCUAGCGAUGUUCUAAAACCAGCUAUAUUAAAAUUCAUGAGUUAGAUUAGAUUGUUUCUUACUUUUUAUAAUCUUUUUUUAACAGUAAGUUAGACCUGUGGACAGUCCAAGAGAAGAAUUACACAAAUAAGCUAUUUGCUUGAAGGAAUAACUUAACAAGCUUUCUACGGACUAACACGUUGACGUCGUUUGCCGUUGCCAUGGCAUUGUGCGUCGCUCCACCACGUGAUCCGCUGUCAGACGAAGAGGAGGCCGCCGUUUUCGAGUCUACAGCGGCCGACCUGGGCGGUGUUGUGGGGUCAUGGCGCUACGGCAACACCUUGCACAAGAUCUCUCAUAUCUCCGCUCCAGGGGUGGCCCAAACCCACGGAACCGAGACGGGUCAGAGAAAGAUGGGAACGCAUGAACGAGACGAAGAAAGCUGUGUGGAGAGAGUGAGGGUUUACCUGCGUGUUCGUCCUCUGAUGGAGGGAGAGAAGGAGAGAGGAGAGGAACAGGGGUGUGUGCACAUUCAGGACAAGGAGACUCUGUUGCUCAGAGAUCCCAGAGAUGGUUUAAACACGAAGACCUCAGAGAGAGGGGCCUUUCAGAGUGCGCACAAGUUCACCUUCACUCAGAUUCUGGGCCCAGACGCAACCCAGCAGGACAUUUUUGAGAGCACCAUGAAGCAGACCGUACGGGACGUCCUGCAGGGGGAGAGCAGACUGCUCUACACAUACGGCGUGUCCAACUCGGGCAAGACCUACACUGUGCAGGGAACGGGUCGUGAAGCAGGGCUCCUGCCCCGCGCCCUGGUCUCCAUUUUCGGGAGGCUGCAGGGACGUCUGUACGGCUCUCCGGACCUGAAGCCCGCUCUGUGCCAGGAGGUGCGGAGGCUGAGCGAUGCGGAGGUCCGCGUCGAGGAGGCGCGCAGGGACUCCCUGCUGAAGGAGGAGGAAGGCUCAGUUUCCCAGAAUUCCCGGCUGAGAGGCGGAGUCAGCGUAAGUUGUGACAGCGGCAUUGGGGGCGUCUCUUCGGGCAGCUGCAUCAGCGCUGGGCUGGAAGAUUUGGACAGCCUAUGUCUGGACCCUGACCUCCUGUCCCACAGCGGAGGGAACAUUCCGGAGGAGGAAGGGGUGAGGUUCUCCGUCUGGGUCUCCUUCUUCGAGAUCUACAACGAGUUCCUGUACGAUCUGCUGGAGGCCCCGCCCACACCGCCGUCACGGAAACGGGCCACCCUGCGCCUGAGCGACGAUCGCCACGGCAACCCCUACGUCAAAGACCUCACCUGGGUGCAGGUACGCAGCGCAGAGGAGGCCUGGAGGGUGCUGAGGAUUGGCCGCCGCAACCAAAGCUUCGCUAGUACGCACCUGAACCACGCUUCGAGCCGCAGUCACAGCAUCUUCUCCCUUCGUCUGCUGCACAUUCACCCAGAGGGCGAGAGAGGACACUGCACACACACCAGCGAGCUGACGGUUUGUGACCUGGCUGGGUCGGAGCGCUGUAAGGACCAGUGCAGUGGGGAGCGCAUGAAAGAGGCCAACAACAUCAACACCUCCCUGCACACACUGGGACGCUGUGUUACUGCACUGAGACACAACCAGAGCAACAGGUCGCGGCUCCCCCUGGUGGUGCCGUUCCGGGACAGCAAGCUGACGCGGGUGCUGCAGGGCUUCUUCAGCGGGCGGGGCCGCUCCUGCAUGGUGGUCAACAUCAACCCCUGCGCCUCCACCUACGACGAGACGCUGCAGGCGCUCAAGUUCUCCGCCAUCGCCACCCAGCUUGUGCACGCUCCGUCCUCCAAGGCGCACGUGGCCUUCAUCCAAUCGCUGCUGCGGUCGAACGGGCUGCAGACCAAUCCGAAUGUUCGGGAGGAGGAGGAGGAGGAGGGAGAGUGCAGCCAGGAGGAAGAGGGUGACAUCACCAUGUUUGACCCCGAGGAGCUGGUGCGUGCCAUCGAGGUUCUGAAGAAGGAGGUGCAGAGGCAGAGGGAGGAGAGGGAGGUGCUGGAAGGCAGAGUGAGGGAGCAGGUGUGCGGGGAGAUGAUGGAGGUGAUCGCUCACAUGGAGGACGACUUCAGGGAGACUCUGGAGUCAGAGAGGGCUCUGAUGGAGGAGCGAUACGAGGACAAGGUCUCCAACCUGCAGAAGAGCCUGAAGAGAUUCUACAGCCAGGAGAUAGAGGAGCGGGAUGAACAGAUCGGGCGGAUGGCCGCUGACCUGCGGAGGAGUGCGGAGGGGGGGUCCGGGGUGAGCGACGCACUGCCCCACCCAGAAACUCCCCGUCUCCCCCGGCGACAAGCCUCCUCCUCUCCUUCCUCCUCCUCCUCCUCCUCCUCCUCCUCGUUCUGCUCCUCCUCAUACUUCUCCGUGGCGGAGGAGUUGAGCAGAGUCCAGGCCGAGCUGGAGCAGUGUCGCUCCGACCUGCGGGAGAAAACGCGGGAGCUGAGGCGCUGCCAGGGCCUGCUGUCUCUGCCCCCCCCCUCCAACACCCUCACCUCCGCUGUGGACCACAAGCUGCAGGAGGGACAGCGGUGUCUGCGGCAGCUGCGGAUGGAUCUGCAGGGUAUGGGCAGGGAUCUGCAGGCUGCAGGGAGGGCCUGUUGCCAUAACACCAGCGGGGAGAGACUGCGCCUCACGCUGGCCAAAGCUGACGGCACGCUGGCCAAGCAGGACCAGGCCCUGGGGGAGCUGCAGAACAGCCUCCUAUUGGUCAAAAUGGACCUCAGGAAGAAGACUGACAGACUGGCCCAGCUGAAGGCCACGCCUACGCCCGCUCCCCAUGCCCCGCCCACCCCCAGCCCCUCCUGUACGAAGAGGGGCUUCGGGGGGGCGGAGUCCGGGGCUGAAAACACCCGCCCCGAGAAACGCCCCCUCCUCCGCACCCCGGCACGGAAGGCCCCCGCCACCCCGACCACGCCCCGUUCCAAAAUCCUACGCCCCCGAAAGCUGAGGCCCACAGCGUUUCGACUGUGCGGAGAUUAUUACAACCCCGCCCCCCCCACCGGUUACCUCACUGCGUCUGUGAGGACACGAGGGAGCUGA